CCCGGUAAAGUCAUUUGUCAUCCACACAGUUUGUUAGGAUUGGUUUGUGAUUCUUCUUAGUUUCAUUCUGUUUUUAACUUUUAUUAUUAUUAUAAUUUUUAUUAUUAUUAUUAAUAGUCUGCCUGUACCUCAGGGGUGCAAAACAGUUACUGUUUUUUUUGUUUUGUUUUGUUUUUUUCUUUAAAACAAACAUGCGUCAAAAGUAUAAUUUUGUCUUCCUUUUUGGAGUAUUCUUCGGAUUUUUUGCCCCUCUUUUUCUGUUGCAGUGGAAUAAUUCCUCACAGGUCAGAUUUUUGUCAGGAAAUGCCAGAAAACAAGUGACAACCGGUUCACAGCACAGAGAUGAGUACCACGGAGCAGUGGCUAACGCCUCUAACCCGACACGGAUCUUAUGUUGGAUCAUGACAGGACCCAAGAACCUGAACACUAGAACGAUUCACGCCAAAGAAACGUGGGGUAAACGCUGCGGUAAAACUCUGUACAUGAGCUCUGUCAAAACCGACUUCCCCACUGUGGGACUGAACGUAUCCGAGGGGAGGCAAAAUCUGUUCUGGAAGACCAUCCGAGCUUUUCAGUACAUCCACAAACACCACCUGGAUGAGGCCGACUGGUUCCUGAAAGCAGACGAUGACACGUUUGUGAUCGUGGAGAAUCUCCGCUACGUCUUGUCCAAAUAUGAUCCAGAAAACCCCCUGUACCUGGGCAGAAGAUUUGCCCCUUUCAUCAAGCAGGGCUACAUGAGCGGAGGGGCAGGUUAUGUCCUCAGUAAAGAAGCACUAAGAAGAUUUGUGAAGGGGUUUGAAACUGGGGAAUGCUCCCACAUUUCUGACAUUGAAGACAUGGCGAUGGGGAAGUGUAUGGAGACGAUGAAGGUGAAGCCAGCAGACUCCAGAGACGCAAAAGCCAGACAAACAUUUCACCCUUUUCCUCCAGAAAAAUACCUCGCCAGGAAGUUCCCAAGAUCACGACCGUGGUAUAUGCAGUAUGACUUCUACACGCCAAUAGAGGGUCCUGGGUGCUGCUCAGACCUUGCUGUUUCCUUUCACUAUAUUCAUGGGGUCCAGCUGUACGUCCUGGAGUAUUUCACAUACCAUCUGCGGCCGUAUGGAUAUAAAUACAGAUUUAAUCCAGAGGAAAAAGCCAAACACAACAUGACCGAGUCCAUGUAAAACACUGGUGUUCGUUCAACUGCUUUGCACUAACAAGAGGACAGAUGAAGGUUAAGGAGGAGUGACGGCCAAACACUUGCACUUCUCCUCAGUCAUUACCUUGAAGAAUGAAAUGAGAUGAAAACUGUUGCAGGUUUAAAGACAUGAUGGUCUGAUUUCAGCUGUGAACAGGACUGUUUAUCUAUGGGAGUGUUUGAGCCAUAUCACAAAGUAUUUUUUAAGAGGUGUUGUAUUUUUUCUGCCAUGAAGACGCUACAAACAUAGUAUUUUAUGAAGGUCUAAGAGGGGUUACAUUUGGUAAUACAGUAAUUCUUUGUUUGUGUGUGGAAGUCAUGGGUUAAUGUGUAAAAUCUGCAAUAUAAUUCAGGAAUGUGACCGUCAGACAAGGUGUUAUUUUGGUAAAAUGUCUGAAUGUCUGUUAUUUUGUAAAUGAUGCCAAGUAAGAAGCAACAUAGGACUAAAAUUUGAGAGUUCUAUCAUAUUUGGAUUUUUUAAAGACUACACUUUAGCUUUGCAACAUUACCAUAUGCAUAGUAUAUGCUCUGUUACAUCACAUUCCUCAUUUAAGUAAUAGAAUGACUUCUUUUUUUUUUUUUGGAACCAAACAAAUGCGGUGAGAUGGAGUUUGUCUUAACUUUAAGUUUAAAGGAGAACUAUGCAAGAUUUGUACCUUAAGUAAACAGCUUUGAAGUAACUGUGAUGGUUAAAUGUCUUGUUAUGGGGAGAAUAGAGGCAUCUCUUGACCACUACACCACUUGCAAGUUCUCUGCCACUGUCCUGGUGGACUAGAUCUUGUCUCGCAAGAAACGGCACAGUUUAUGGCACUACGAUAGUGUAUUACAUGUUGAGGAAAAAAAUACAGGGGUGUAAACUGUAAUCUUUAUGUCAACUUAUCUUUUCUGAUCUCCAGUUGAAUGACAAAGGUAAAAUACAGUCAGUCUGACUCACAGCCUUCCCGUCAGUAUUAUUUACAAAACAAUGCUACAUAAGCUAAUGGAAUAAAUAUAUUGCCAAAUCUUAUAAAUAGCCUACGAUUCAACUGAGAUAGGCAAAGCUAAGAAAACACAUACGACAUAAUUACACAGUAAAGAUGAUCAGCCUUUUAUUUAUUUUCCAUAAUCUCUUGUGAUAUGACAUAUAAGACUACACAAAUAUACACAUCAUUAAACUUAUACAUAAAAUAACCCACCUCAGUAGACAUCGCUCCUAUGACUGCCUUCUUGUCGCCGGCUUCAUUGAAAACAAAUGCACAUGGUUGGGGGGGGGGGGGUUUAGGUGUGGGUUUUACAACAGUGAAUGUGUACUUUCAAACUGUAGGGGGAGGUCCAUAGAGAAAAAUGCUACAAAAACAGCGAAGAAGAACCAAAAGGGUAAAAUCUUGCAUAGCUCCUCUUUAA